AUGGUAACCCUGUAAUAUUAAAUAUUUAUUCCGUUGCGUUGCUAUCGGUGUCUAUACAAAACAACAAUGAAGAAAUAUUGUUAAAAUUUAUAAAAAGCUGGAUACAAAACUUUAAAAUGCGUGAGUGUAUAUCAAUACACAUUGGUCAAGCUGGCGUUCAGAUGGGCAAUGCAUGCUGGGAGUUGUACUGCAUGGAGCAUGGUAUUCUACCAGACGGUCAGAUGGCAUUCAAGGACACUGUAGAGUCGAAUGACAUCUCCUUUAACACAUUUUUCAGUGAGACCGAGGGCGGGCAGUUUGUACCAAGGGCUGUAUUUAUCGACCUUGAACCAACAGUUAUAGAUGAGGUUCGUACGGGAACAUUCCGGCAACUGUUCCAUCCGUCACAACUGAUAAGUGGUAAAGAAGACGCAGCAAAUAAUUACGGUCGUGGGUUCUAUACUGUCGGCAAGGAGGUUAUUCCCCUCGUUAUUGACCGUAUCCGCAAUAUAGCUGAAACCUGCACCGGUCUACAAGGUUUUCUACUAUUUCACAGUUUUGGUGGUGGCACGGGUUCCGGUUUUCAUUCUCUGCUUAUAGAAUAUCUCUCAAGGUAUUAUCCAAAGAAGGCCAAGCUCGAGUUCUGCAUAUAUCCGUCCCCGAAAGUUUCCACGGCUGUUGUGGAGCCGUAUAAUGCUAUUCUAGCUUCUCAUUAUACACUGGAUCAUGCUAAUUGCGCUUUCUUGUUCGAUAACGAGGCAAUCUACGAUAUAUGUAAUAAUAACAUGGACAUUGAAAGACCAAGCUACACAAAUUUAAAUAGACUGAUUGGACAAGUAGUUAGCUCUAUUACAGCGUCACUGCGAUUUGAAGGCGCUCUAAACGUCGACUUAGCAGAAUUUCAGACAAACUUAGUGCCAUAUCCUCGCAUUCAUUUCCCGCUGGUUACUUACGCUCCAUUAAGUUCUGCAGAAAAGGCAUAUCAUGAAAGUUUUACGGUACCAGAGAUCACCCGCGCGUGUUUCGAGCCUGGAAACCAGAUGGUAAAAUGUGACCCUCGCCGAGGGAAAUAUAUGUCCUGCUGCAUGUUAUACCGAGGAGAUGUCGUCCCAAAAGAUGUCAAUGCCGCGAUCUCUUCAAUCAAAAGAAACAGAAAUGUCCAGUUUGUUGAAUGGUCGCCUACUGGGUUUAAGGUUGGUAUAAACUAUCAGCCACCGACUGUCAUACCUGGGGGCGAUCUGCCUGCAAUGAGGCGUUCUGUGUGCAUGCUUAGCAACAACACGUCGAUUGUCGAUGCAUUUGCUCGUCUCAACCACAAGUUUGACUUGAUGUUUGCUAAACGAGCGUUCGUUCACUGGUUUGUUGGUGAAGGAAUGGAAGAAGGUGAAUUUACCGAUGCUCGAGAGGAUUUGGCUGCGUUGGAGAAAGACUUUGAGGAAGUUUCUACAGAUGUUGGUGAAAUGUAUUAUGAAGUUGAGUAUGAAGAUGAGGACGAGGAAGAAGUUGUUGGAGUACAUGGAGGUGAGAAAGAAGCUGAAGGUGAAGUCAGUGAAGAACAACAACAGAUAGAAGAUAACAAUGAAGCUGAAGAUGUCACAGAAGGCCAGGAGAAAUAGAUGUCUACUUCACGGAUGUUUCUUGUGUUUCUUAUGAGACUGAAUUAUUACAUCAUUUUCAUUUUGCCUUAUAAACGCGUCUGAUAUAACAAUUUCUGCAAUAAUUAUAUAGGUCAAAUUAGCAAAAACGUGAAAAUUUGUUUCUGUUUUCAUUUUCCACAUGUACAAAAAAUGAUAAAUUAAAAGAUAACGAACUAUUCUAUUAACCAAAUCUUCAAU